AUGCGCAUCGUGGCUCAAAUCAUUCCAGUGACAGAGAACACCUGUCGGUCUGGUGCUCGAACAGUCAACUUCAGACGAUUUCCCCUGUUAUCGCAGAGGUUCUAUACAACAUACCCUGCACUUUUUGCCACGUCCUCGAUAGGGCGGCGCAAGUCCUCCUCAAUGGCGUCUGAAUCACUCAACUCGUCGCAGACGGAUGUCCGCGACCACAGUAGUCGUGGCUCAUCCUCACAGAGCCACGAGCGCCUCCCACAUGCUGCUGCGGCUGCUGCUGGGGGCAAAGUCGCCAGCCCAGCGUUCUUCCCGCUAGGAUACAGAGAAGGUUUCAGUCAAUGGUGGGCUCGUUUACCUGCGGCGGCAGCUGAACACAAGGUCCUGUCCUACCUCCCUUAUCUACAUCGCCAACCCCCCACCCACCUCCAGACUGGUAACACAUCAGACUUCCCAAAUGGAAGCACCUCGCCCAGCCUGCAAUCUGCAGACCACAACCAGCAAGGCGAAAUUUCCACCCAAUCCCAAGAUGACCCCUAUGGGCCCCGCCGGUGGAGCUCUAGCAUGGUGGAGCUCAGCGGGAAAGAUCGGGCUCUCAACGAAUUCUCGGUGGAGAGGGUUGGGGAAGAGGCUGACCAGCACCUGGUUAUGCUGCAUGGAUAUGGUGCCGGUCUUGGUUUUUUCUACAAGAACUUUGAGCCACUGAGCCGAUUGAAGGGAUGGCAGCUCCAUGCGCUGGACAUGCUAGGCAUGGGUCGAAGCACGCGUCCACCGUUCAAAAUUAAAGCCAAGGAGCGUGAAGAAGCCAUUCGGGAAGCCGAAGCGUGGUUUGUCGAUGCGCUGGAAGAGUGGCGCAUCAAGCGCAAAAUAGAUCGAUUCACCUUGCUCGGCCAUAGCUUGGGUGGUUACAUGGCUGUCGCAUACGCCCUCAAGUACCCGGGUCACCUCAACAAGCUCAUCCUCGCAUCCCCUGUCGGCAUUCCCGAGGACCCAUACGCUGUCACUGCAGAAGUAGCCGAGCCGUCAGAGUCUACGCUCCCGAACGAGCUGACCCAGGACCAACGGGAUAUCACUGCGACGCCAGGCUCCGCACCAAAGACCAGCGAUGGCAGUUUUAUCACAGGUCGGAACCCUGAAGCGCCCGCGAAUCAACCACCUCGUCGGGUCCUUCCCAAGUGGUUCGCGUACCUGUGGGAGGCCAACAUCUCCCCCUUCAGCAUUGUGCGCUGGACAGGUCCUUUCGGACCACGAAUCGUGUCUGGCUGGACUUCCCGCCGCUUCUCACACCUCCCCGCUGAGGAGUCCAAGGCGCUGCACGACUAUUCCUACUCUAUCUUCAGUCUUCGGGGAAGUGGCGAGUAUGCGCUAGCAUACAUUCUCGCACCAGGCGCAUUUGCACGCAGCCCUCUUAUUCGCCGUAUCCAGGGCGUUGGUCGACAAAUGAUCAACUCCGGUAACUCCCUUCCCACUUCCACGACCACUGAAUCCUCUUCAUGCUCCAUUUUCUCCAAAGGUGGAGCUAAAACACCUGCCCCGGCUGAUGCGUCGACCACUAUUCCCACCCCUGCUUCAACGGAGACACCCACUCCCCGACGCGAGAACGGACUGCCCGUUGUCUUAAUGUACGGUGAUCAUGACUGGAUGGAUGUAUCCGGUGGUCACGCGGCUGCAGCUCGCCUGGAAGAAGAGAAGCGUCGUGUCUUGGCUGAUGCCACGCCAGAAGAGCGACGAGACGAUCAAGGCUCUGCCAAGGUUGUUGUUAUCAGUAAAGCUGGACACCAUCUGUACUUGGACGGAUGGGAAGAGUUUAAUAAAGUGGUUUUGUCGGAGAUGGAGGAUGUUAAUAAGCGCGAGAGGGCAUCUUCAUGA